AUCCAUAUUUUAAACUUUUCUUCUUCAAAAGGCAAACCAAAGCUCCCUUGCUAUAUUUUUUCUCUUUGCCUCACUCACAUUAUCCAUAAUCUUUCAUGGCGUCUUCUUCAUCUUAUUCUCUUCAAAUGAAGCACCAAGUUUUCUUGAGCUUCAGAGGUGAAGACACACGCCUUAACUUCACCAGUCAUCUACUCAAAGCUUUGAAAGACACUGGACUGAAUGUCUUCUUCGAUGAAGAAAAACUAGAGAAAGGGGAGCAACUUUCACAAGCACUUUCUCAAGCAAUUGCAGCCUCAAAUCUCUCAAUCCUUGUUUUAUCUAUAGACUAUGCGUCUUCGAAAUCAUGCUUAGGUGAACUCUCUCAGAUCAUGAAGUGUAAAAAGACUCAAGGACAUAUUGUUCUUCCCAUCUUUUACCAUGUUGAUCCGUCCCAUGUGCGAAAUAUUGGUGGGACUUUUAAGACGUCCUUCGGAGAGCAUGAAUUAAAGAGGCCAGUUGAUGAAGUGAAGCGAUGGAAAGCCACCUUCACUGAAAUCGGUACAUUAAAAGGGUGGCAUAUAGAAGGAGGCAAAUUCGAUAGAUCUGAAACUGAGUACAUUAAAGAUGUGGUUGGAUAUGUUUUAAAAAAGUUGAAUAGCAAUUGUAGAAGUGUUUCUGAAGAAUUGGUCGGAAUAGAUGAUCAAAAGAAGAUGAUGUUGGGGUUGAUUGAGCAAGUGGACAUACGUGUAAUUGGACUUUGGGGAAUGGGUAGUAUUGGCAAAACUACCCUUGCUGAUGCUGUUUAUAAGGAAGUCUUUCCAAAGUCUGAAUGUCGUUUGUUUCUUCAAAACAUUAGUGAGAAAAUAAAAAAACAGGGGAAUGAAUCUUUACGAAAUGAACUUCUUUCCAAACUGUUAAACGAAAAAGAAAUUUGUAUUGAUACCCCUUCCAUAGGAUACCCUUAUCAAGAGAGGCUGAAUAAUAAAAAAGUACUUCUUGUCCUUGAUGAUGUUAGUGACCCAGACCAAAUAGAUUUUAUGGGUGUCACAUAUUUUGGUCCUGGAAGUAAAAUCAUCGUAACAUCUAGAGAUAGACAAGUUCUUAAAAAUGGAAGAGCUAACCGCAUAUAUAAGGUAAAGGAGUUGAAUGAGAAUGAUUCUCUUCAACUUUUUUCUACAUUUGCAUUUAAGUUGUUGAAUCCUGCAGUUGAUUUUCGAGAUCUAUCAUGCAAGUUUGUAGAAUAUGCCCAAGGUAGUCCACUUGCUCUUAAAGUUUUGGGUUCUGAACUAUAUACGAAGUCUAAAAAAGAGUGGGAGAGCAAGGUGAAUAAACUAAAGCAAUGUGCAGAAUUAAAAAUUUCACAUAUUUUGAAGAGUAGCUUAGAUGAGCUAGAUGAGGAAGAAAAUAAUAUAUUUCUUGACCUAGCAUGCAUCUUUAAAGGGCAAGCCAUGGGUUAUGUAGAAAAAGUUCUAAGUAAUUGUUAUAAGGGUGCAACAUGUGGAAUAAGUAAAUUGGUCUGGUCGACAAGUGUCUACUUGAGAACAAAUAUGGAUGUGUUUUUAUGCAUGACAUGGUGGAAGAGAUGGGCAAGGACAUUGUUAUGCGAAAAUCUGAAUGCCCUGGAAAGCGAAGUAGAUUAUGGAGUUGUGAAGACAUUGAAGAAGUGUUCAAAUAUGAUAAAGGGACUGACUUUAUUAAAGGAAUAAAGUUAGAAGUAACUCAUACUGGUAAUCUACAAUUUUGUGCUACCGGUUUUGGGAAGAUGCAUAAGCUUAGAUAUAUCAACAUCAGGUAUUUUGCACAUACUUUAUGGAAACCUCCACCCCAAUAUGCAAACCAAGUUGAUAGUAUAUGUCUUCCGGAUGAGUUAAGGCUUCUCCAUUGGGAUUAUUUUCCCUUCAAAAUUUUGUCAAGUUUUAAUUCGAAGAAUCUUGUCGUAUUGAUAUUACGACGUGGUAAUAUGGAACAACUUUGGAAUGAAGAUGAUCAUAUGGACCUUGUUAAUUUAAGGCAAAUUGACGUUUCAGAGUGCCAUAAUUUAAGGAAGAUACCUAAUCUUUCAGGAGCCAUCAACUGUGAACUCCUUAAUUGCUCUUACAGUGAAAGUUUGGUUGAACUUCCUUGCCUCAAUCAUUUGGCGUCUCUUCAUCAUGAUAAGCUUUACCUUCAGGGAUGUUAUAGGCUCAAGAAGUUUCCUCAGGUCCCAAGACAUUUUUGUUCUUUGGGUUUAUUAAUAACUGAAAUAGAAGAAGUGCCUGAUUCAAUUGAGCAUCUCCACAAACUACAGAGAUUGUCGUUGAGCAAGUCAAAGGUAAUAAAAGUAUCGAUCAAUAUUUCGAAGUUGGAGCUCCUUGGUGAAUUGGUUCUUAGUAAUUGCCCAAUGAUCAAAUUUCCAGAAAUCCCAAAAAGCUUAACAAAAUUAAACUUAUCUGGCACUCAAAUUGAAGAAGUGUCGUUGCCUUUUGACUCUCUAUGUAAUCUUCAGGACUUAAAUAUGAGUGGCUCAGUAGUCAAAAAUGUAUCGAUCAAGUUGGAAUCUCUUCAUAAACUGAAUCUUAGUGAUUGCCCAAUGAUCAAAUUUCCAGAAAUCCCAAGAAGCUUAAUAGAAUUAAAUUUAUCUGGCACUCAAAUUGAAGAAGUGUCCUUACCUUUCGACUCUCUAUGUAAUCUUCAGAUCUUAAAUAUGAGUGGCUCAGCAGUCAAAAAUGUAUCGAUAAGGUUGGAAUCCCUUCGUAAACUGGAUCUUAGUGGUUGCCCAAUGGUCUAAUUUCCAAACGUCCCAAGAAGCUUAACACAUUUAGAUUUAUCUCGCACUCAAAUUGAAGAAGUGUCAUUGUGAUAAAGUUGGUUAGUAUGAAGCAAACGCUCGACAGCAAGCAGGCCAUGAAGACCAAGCCAUGCAGGAGCUGCUGAUGCAAGCUUAUUUUGUUCAUUUUGUAAUUUUUAGUUAAUGAAAUGUAUUAUAGUUCAUUUUGAACUAAGUUAGGUUGAUGAUUGAUGUAUUUUGCUGAUUGAUGAGCUGUUUAUCAGCUUUGCUUGUAUGUACAAGUUAAUUACUUAGAGUUUCAAUGCUUAGUGGUGUUAGGUAACCAUUAGGUAAACUCAGUACUGUUUUGACAAGCUAAUUGCUUGUUUUAUGUAUUGGCAUUAUGCCAUUGUUCUUACUUAAUGAAUGAAUCAGAUUUGUUCAUCAA